AUCUGUAGCCAACGUGAUUCGACCUUUUCCGGUUUAUUCGUUGAACAUGGCAGUCGGUAAAAAUAAGGGUCUUUCCAAGGGCGGCAAAAAAGGUGGUAAGAAGAAGGUAGUGGACCCCUUUUCUCGCAAAGAUUGGUACGAUGUUAAGGCACCGAACAUGUUCCAAACCCGUCAAAUCGGCAAGACGCUGGUCAACCGCACUCAGGGCCAAAGAAUAGCGUCGGACUAUUUGAAGGGUCGCGUCUUCGAGGUGUCCUUGGCUGAUCUUCAAAAGGAUAUUGACCCAGAACGAUCCUUCCGCAAGUUCCGUCUGAUUGCUGAGGACGUUCAAGACCGCAACGUGCUUUGCAAUUUUCACGGCAUGGAUCUUACUACAGACAAGUACAGGUCAAUGGUGAAGAAAUGGCAAACACUUAUUGAAGCAAUUGUUGAAGCUAAGACUGUCGAUGGGUAUCUUUUGCGAGUAUUUUGCAUCGGAUUCACCGCCAAGGACCAGCAGUCUCAGCGCAAAACUUGCUAUGCCCAACAGUCGCAAGUACGCAAGAUUCGCGCCCGAAUGACCGACAUUAUCACCAACGAAGUUAGUGGUGCCGACUUGAAGCAGCUUGUUAACAAAUUGGCUCUAGACUCAAUUGCGAAAGAUAUUGAAAAGAUCUGUCAACGUGUAUAUCCUUUACACGAUGUUUACAUCCGUAAAGUCAAGGUACUGAAGAAGCCGCGUUUUGAUGUCUCAAAGCUUUUGGAGCUGCAUGGUGACGGUGGGGGCAAAUCUGUCGAGGCCGUUGUUUCCUCAGAAGGAGCCGUGAUCGACCGCCCGGAAGGCUAUGAGCCACCAGUGCAGGAAGCUGUCUAAAGUGGAUAAUAAUAUGCAUAUUAUUUUGUAAUGUACUGCAUUCAGAUAUAAAAUACAUUACUCCACCAACUGCGAAAUCUA